AUGUGGAUAUUUGUCAUGGCAGCAUUUAUAAUCCAGGCACUGGGAACAGAAUGUCAUUCCUGUUUUCUCAAAAGACCUGUGAAUCCUGAAGUUCUUUUAAGUGCUAGUCAGAUCAUUUGCUACUGGAAAUACCCACUUGAAGUGCAUGAAGUUGAAACUGCUGAUUCAUAUAUCCUUACCCUUCAUAGAAUUCCUUAUGGAAGAGCAGGCAAUAAAGUACCAGGUCAGCGGCCUGUUAUAUUUUUGCAGCAUGGUUUGUUGUCAUCAGCUGUCACCUGGAUUAGCAACCUUCCCAACAAUAGCCUGGCCUUCAUCCUGGCAGAUGCAGGUUUUGAUGUGUGGAUGGGAAACAGCCGGGGGAAUACCUAUUCCCUGAAACAUGCCACCUUGUCAACAAAUUCCAAAGAGUAUUGGGCUUUCAGUUUUGAUGAAAUGGCUAGAUAUGAUCUUCCGGCCUCCAUUGACUACAUUGUGAAAAAAACUGGGCAGAAGAUAUACUAUGUGGGCCAUUCUCAAGGCACACUUAUUGGUUUCCUGGCAUUCUCUACCUUACCUGAGCUGUCUCAGAAAGUCAAAGCUUUAUAUGCCUUAGCUCCAGGGAUUUCUAUUAAGCACACCAGAAGUCUACCUUUUAGGCUGCUUUUUAUGAUGCGUCAGUCAAUGCUCAAGAUGAUGAGAAUUACCAGUGAUGGGUCUGCAGGUGGUGGUGGGCUGUAUGAUGGAAAAGUUGAGGAACUUUUACUGGGCAACAAGGAUGUCCUGCCUGAGACUGCCAUCACCAAGUUUCUGGCCACUACAGUAUGCAACAAUAAGAUAACUGGUGUCAUAUGUGGCAAAAUCAUCCUCAGUUUUUAUGGAUUUAAUCCAAAAAAUAUAAACAUGAGUCGAAUUGAUGUCUAUGUGUCACAUGGCCUCCAGGGAACAUCUAGCCAGAACCUUCUCCAUUAUGCCCAGAGUUUUCAUGACAUUGAAAAUGUUACACGAGCUUAUGAUUAUGGGACUCGAAAAGAGAAUCUGGCUCAUUAUAAUCAGCCUACUCCUCCAAGGUACAACCUGUCAUCUAUGAGAGUGCCAAUCGCACUGUGGAGUGGUCAAAAAGAUUUGGUGACUGACCCAGAAGAUGUUGCCAUCUUAGUUUCCCAAAUCCCCAACCUGAUUUACCAUAAGACUCUGCCUAAAUACACUCAUUUGGAUUUUAUUUUUGGUGUUAAUGCACCUGAAGAUAUUUAUAAUGAAAUCAUUAAUAUGAUAAAGAAAUCCCAAUAA